ACCGACUCAGACUGGAGCUGACAAGCCAACGGCCAUGAGCUGCUGAUGAGAAUCACAACAUCGCUGGUGCACAAAUUCAGCGAGCAGUAACCCAAAAUCAAAUGAACAGAUCACUCCAAGCGUCUAGAAGCCUCCAUAUAUAAUACAUUCCACUUCCUCACUAUGCCGAGCAGUAAGGCUGAGAAACCGGAAGUCAGCGAUAAUGUCAAAGUCGUGGUAAGAUGUCGUCCCCUCAACCAGAAGGAGAAGAUGAUGGCCUACAAGCCGGCCGUCAUCGUGGACGAGAUCCGUGGUACCAUAACGGUGAACAAACUGGAGACCCCCCACGAACCUCCUAAGACAUUCACCUUUGACACUGUGUUUGGGCCUGACAGCAAGCAGCUAGAUGUCUACAACCUCACAGCCCGCCCAAUCAUCGAUUCCGUUUUAGAGGGAUAUAACGGCACAAUUUUUGCAUAUGGGCAAACUGGCACAGGAAAAACCUUCACCAUGGAGGGGGUGAGGGCGGUACCAGAGCUUCGAGGGAUUAUUCCAAAUUCUUUUGCUCAUAUUUUUGGACACAUUGCCAAGGCAGAGGGCGACACAAGGUUUUUAGUUCGUGUUUCGUACCUGGAGAUUUACAAUGAGGAAGUGCGGGAUUUGCUGGGCAAGGACCAGUUGCAAAGGCUUGAGGUCAAAGAAAGACCUGAUGUUGGCGUGUACAUCAAAGAUCUCUCUGGUUAUGUUGUAAAUAAUGCUGACGACAUGGACAGGAUUAUGACUCUCGGUCACAAAAAUCGAUCCGUCGGUGCUACAAACAUGAAUGAGCACAGCUCCCGCUCUCAUGCCAUCUUCACCAUCACCAUCGAGUGCAGUGAGAAGGGUGUGGAUGGUAACCAGCAUGUGCGCAUGGGAAAGCUUCAUCUUGUAGAUCUGGCAGGCUCAGAAAGACAGGGCAAAACCGGAGCCACAGGCCAGCGUUUGAAGGAAGCAACGAAGAUCAAUCUGUCCCUCUCCACCCUGGGUAACGUUAUCUCCGCCCUGGUGGACGGCAAGAGCACUCACGUCCCGUACAGAAACUCCAAACUGACCCGUUUGCUUCAGGAUUCACUGGGAGGAAACUCCAAGACCAUGAUGUGUGCAAAUAUAGGUCCUGCAGACUACAACUAUGACGAGACCAUCAGUACCUUGCGCUAUGCUAACAGGGCUAAAAACAUCAAAAACAAAGCCAGAAUCAACGAAGAUCCCAAGGACGCCCUUCUACGGCAGUUUCAGAAAGAGAUCGAGGAGCUCAAAAAGAAACUGGAAGAGGGGGAAGAGAUUUCUGGGUCAGAAGGCAGCGGAUCAGAGGAGAUGGACGAAGGGGACGAUGAUGCAGGAGAGGCAGGAGAAGGCCGACGGAGGAAGAGGGACAGUUGUGAUAUCAGCAGAAGUAAUAGUUCAGAAUUUACCGACACUUCCUCAGUGCCGCCACCCACUGACGCCGACCUGCGGGAUAGUGAGUUGGAGUAGCCCUCUGCUCACCAACCAGCCUGCCCACAAAUUACAGCCCUUUUCACACAUGAGCACAGAAAUUUUAAGCUUUUAAUAUAUUCAAUCCAAUGUGAUAUUUUUGCUGCUGUGACUACACAAUCA